AUGUCCAGAUACUUUUCACAAAUUACAGAGUUGCCCCCUGAUCCUCUCUUCGGAUUGAAAGCACGCUAUGUCGGUGACUCACGCACAGACAAAGUGGAUUUGGGUAUCGGUGCUUAUAGAGACAACAAUGGCAAACCAUGGAUUUUGCCCGCAGUGAGAAAAGCUGAGCGGAAAUUGAUUGACUCAGAGGGUUACAACCACGAAUAUCUUUCCAUUUCGGGUUACGAACCGUUCUUAACUGAAUCUGCUAAGGUGAUUUUGGGCGAGGACUCUAAAGCCAUUCAAAACUCGACUGUAGUGUCGCAACAAUCUUUGUCGGGGACUGGAGCAUUGCACUUGGCUGGAGCUUUCUUGCGGGGGUUCUAUGCGGGAAACCACACUGUAUACUUGUCCAAACCCACAUGGGCAAACCACAAGCAGAUUUUCUCGUCGUUGGAGUUGAAAGUGGAAACAUACCCAUACUGGGAUGACGAAAACAAGAAGUUGGACAUUGAGGGAUAUGUUAAAACAAUCGAAAGAGCACCAAGGGGAUCCAUUUUUUUGUUGCACGCAUGUGCUCACAAUCCUACAGGCUUGGACCCCACCGCAGAAGAAUGGGACAGAAUCUUGAAUGCAAUUGCCGCAAAUGACCACUUACCUUUGUUUGACUCGGCCUACCAAGGUUUUGCUUCUGGAAACUUGGACAAGGAUGCGGCUGCUAUCAGAAAGGCUAUCAACCUGGGUAUGUUCAAAUCACCCAUACUUAUUUGCCAAUCGUUUGCAAAGAACGUAGGAAUGUACGGAGAACGUGUGGGUGCUCUCCACGUCGUUUUGCCCGAGGAAGAUAAGGAAACAACAGAGAGCUUGAAGAGAGCUAUCAAAUCGCAAUUGAACAAGUUGACCCGGUCUGAGAUCUCGAAUCCACCAGCUUAUGGUUCCAAAAUCGUGGCUACUAUCUUGACAGACCCUGAAUUGCGUAAACAAUGGGAGGAGGACUUGGUCACAAUGUCUUCUCGUAUCAUUAAAAUGAGAAACGUGUUAAGACUGAAGUUGGAAUCCUUAGGGACCCCAGGUACAUGGGAGCAUAUCACCAAUCAAACAGGAAUGUUCUCUUUCACGGGGUUGUCUCCAGAUAUGGUAGCACGCUUGGAAAAAACACAUGGUGUCUAUUUGGUAAGCUCAGGCAGAGCAAGCAUGGCCGGAUUGAAUGAGGGAAACGUGGAUAAGGUUGCAAACGCCAUUGACGAAGUUAUUCGCUUCCACAAGUCAAAAUUGUAA